AUGAGGUCUCUAGAUGCCACCUCUCCGCGAAUGCCAUCGGCAUCCUGUUAUGAAUUGUUUGGAAGUAGAAUGUGCAGAGGUCCCUCAGACCAGAAGCUGCGAGUGCAUCCCGGAACCACGACUCGUCAGGCUGCGCGAGAGCGAGUAUUCAAUGUUGGUGAUAAAGUACUCGCCACCAGGAAUGCUGAGUAUGAGGAAGCAUUAGAGAAAUUUGAGUCAGUUUUGAGAACAAAGUCGGAGCCUGACGAAGCAGCAGUGGCAAGUUAUAAUGUUGCUUGUUGUUACUCUAAGCUACACAAGAUUCAAGCUGCACUUUUUACACUUAAAGAAGCUAUAAAUUCUGGUUUUGAAGACUUUAAGAGAAUCUUAACUGAUCCUGACCUUGCAAAUGCAAGGGCAUCCCCGGAAUUCAAAACAUUUGAUGAAUCAUUUAUCAAUGAGAAUGCCAUCAAAUCAAUUUUUGGAAUAUUUAAUAAGGAAUAACCCCUCUGCGUUGACACAACACAAGAAAACAAUUGGUUUAGCUCUAAGGAAUUGAUUGAGCAAUAUGAUUCCAUCACAUUUUAUUUAGCAAUGUAUAUUUUGUAGUUAAUUAUAGGUCUCAAUUUUUUGUUGCCACCUUUGCAGUGUCUUGUUUUAUGUACUAGUAUGAUAUAUAAGAAACUUAUGAACAAUAAAAUUGUUCAUUUUCAUUAAUACUUUUAAUAAUACCUAUUGCAGCUCAAUAGUUUUUGUUUCCCUCUAUUUUAUUAUAUGUUGUUUCUGUGAUUCACUCUGACCCCAAGCCUCUUUUAACUGGUCCAUCCAAUUUGUCACCUGUAGUUUGAAUAAAAAAGAGUGUGCAUGGUACUGUUACUUGGACAUGGUUUGAGCAUGUUAUAUUCUUUUCCUUGUAUUAUUUUUGUUUAUGUGAUGCUUAUUUAAGUAAUGCCACGGGACUGUAAUUUAUUAUUCUCUCUUUGAGCUUAUUAUGAUUGCGGAGGUUGAUAUUGCAUUAAUAUUUUUGAGAAGAAUCACCUCUUUGAAUAUAUAUGACUUUAGUACUUUGAGAUUAGUGAUAUUCUAUCAUGCUCAAAUAAUGAAUUAUAAUCUCUUCAAAUAAUCCAUUUAGCUACUUUUAAUAAUGCACUAUAAGCUUUUCAAAUAAUCUAUUUAGCUACUUAAAUGACUUUUCACCUAUUGUCAUGACUAAUGGCUAAUAAUCACAUUAAUUAUAAUGAUGAUUAAUCUUAACAUUUAGAAUAUGAUUUUGAUACACUUUGAGAUUAGUGAUAUCGUAUCAUGCUCAAAGCAGGUAUUAGAUGCCUAAUUUUGUGAAGAUUGUAUGAUCAAAUUAUUGUACAUUACAUGAGGUGUCAUUUUGUAUAAAUGAACUUCAAAAUCCUUUUUUAAAAGUAAAACAGUGUACUUUGUGUUUGAUCCAUAAUGCUUGAGAUAUGACUGAAUCAAAAUGUUCAACAUCCACAGUGUUGUUAUCUUCAUCGCCGCGGUUUUGAUGUGUAGAAGCUCCAGGAUUCGAAGAACCAACAAGUUACAAAUAUGUCUAAAGGAAGCAAGUAAAAAAAUGGAAACUGACAUCUUUCACGUAGUGGAUAUUGAUGCUGAUGAAAUAAGUCAUUUGGAUGAAGAUAAUUUAAUCGGCCAUGGUGGUAACGGAAAGGUUUAUUGAAUUAUGUUGAAAAAAACAGGAUGGUAGUGGCUGUGAAGCAAUUAGAGAAUGGUGAUGGUAUGAUGAUUUUAGUUGCAGAAAUGGAGAUUUUAGGGAAAAUCAGACAGAAAUAUACUUAAACUUUAUGCUUGUGUUUUUAAAGGAGGGACCAAUCUUUUAGUUUUUGAGUAUAUGCCAAAUGGUAAUCUUUUCGAGUCUCUUCACUGAAAUAUAAAAUAUGAGAAGAUUGCAUGGGAUUGGAAUCAUAGGUAUAAAAUUGCAUUGGGAGGUGAAAAAGGGAUUUUCUAUUUGCACCAUGAUUGCUCUCUACCUGUUAUUCAUAGCAGCAUCUUGCUUGAUGAAGACUAUGAGGCAAAAAUUGCGGAAUUAGGUGUUGCAAGGUUUGCUGAAAAAAUCUCCAAUGGGUUAUAGCUUUUUCUGGCACACAUGGUUAUAUUGUUCCAGGUAUGUUUUAACAAUGCUUUCAACAAGAAAUUUCAAUAUACUGUUUUUACUUUCGAAAGUAUCUCAUGUUUUAUUUACUCAAUCAUACAAUUUAGAUUAUCGAAUUAAUUAAGAUCAGAUGGUUUGCAUUUAAAUUUUGUAAUCGAGUCUAUUCUACAAGGUCGGAUGUGAGACAUCGGAUCUUGAUCAAAUGGUCCAAAAUGCACGACUUUGUCAAUUGUGCAAUUUCGUAAUUGCAAUAAAUACAAAUCCUUAAUGAUUAUAUAUUGUGUGAUUUUAAAUUGCAUUCUGGAACUACAAAUGCAUCAUAAAAGUAUUUUGAGGUAUCUGCAACACCGCAUUGGUUGUAUUACUCAAUUGCUUAUUAAAAUAAGGAAUAUAAGAUUGAUGACUUUUUUCUUGUAAAAGUAAGAUAGACAUGUCUGGACCAAAACAUUUUCCAUAUGAAAUUACUUUCCUGGAUUUAAUGCUGAUUCCUUGAUUCAAUGCUGAUGGAAUGCUAAGUACGAGGAAGCCUUAGAGAAAUUUGAUUUUAUUUUGGGAACAAAGCCAGAACUUGAAGAAGCAGCACUCACAAGUUAUAAUGUUGCUUGAUACUCUAAGUUAAAUCAGGUAUACAUUUCACUACUUAUUUAUUGGUUUUGAAUCAUUUUGUCGAGUGUAUUUAGUCUGUGUAUAACUUUCUGAAUAGAUUUAAUCCUUCUAUAUAUGCUGUGAGUAAUUCUGUCCAAUAAUCCCACUAUAUAUGUGUUAUAACAUCAGCCACAAUUUUUUUGAGCGUUAUAAUAUUUAAGAAAGCAUGUUCCAACUUAGUACUACACCAUGUUGGAUCCAUUUAAGUCCCACAUUGGCUUGAAAAUUACACAAGCAAGUGUUUAUAAAUGGCUGACAUGCUAGAUAGUUCGCCGAGCUGGGUAGCGCCAGCUUGUGACCCAUGUGGGGGCAUCGAGGUCAUGGAACAUGGCUAAGGCUUAAUAGGUUGGUCUGGUGGUUGCAUCAUGCUGGCCUGCCCGCUCCAAGUUGCGAGUUGACCCAUGGGACUUGUGCGAAGGCACGGGUCUUAUGGGUCUUAGACAGGAGGGUAUAGCGUGAGGCUGGUUUUACAGAGCAGCGAACACUUCCAGCCCACAACACUUGGGUAAAGCCUAGCCCCUUGAACCAUCUCUUUUU